AUGAAGUCAGUGAGUCGCCGCACCCUGGACCGGAUUUAUUCAGCGUUGCUCCUCGCGGUCGUAUUGCUCUCCUGGGGAUACGUCAUCUAUGCAUCAACUGUAGCUGCACGACGACAGCUAAGGAAGAAAUACCCAAAAUCUUCGGGAUAAAUGAAAAUUUGUAAUUCCUCUGGAUUUGAUUCUAUGCAUAUACAAUUCUUUACCUCAUGCUUAUCUGACACGUGUCUCGAUUUAAAGUAAAAUCUUUAAUAAAAUGCUUCGAAAUUCA